CCAGAAAUCUCCUAUACAUCUUAAAACAUGGUACAGUAGGAUAAAGUAUUACCUUCCUUCUCAAUCCCCCCUCAUGACCCACCUCCCUUCUUCACGACCCACCACCAGACCCCCUCCGAUCCCUUCCACUAGUCAAAUAAACAUUCGCCCUCACCUCCAACAACGGAUCCCCACUACUCUCAAUCCCCUCAACCCUAGGCACAGGAUCAAAAAUAAUCCCCCUCUCCAACUCCCUCCCCUCAUCCCCUUCCACCAACCUCUCCAAGCAAAUCUCCCCCAGCUCAACAACCUCCCUCCCCUCCUCAUCCCACACCACAGUCGCAUCAUCCACAAUAUCCCCCUCGCCCGCAAUCUGCACAAGCAACUUAAACCGCACCUCUCCCAUCCCCCCACCAACCCUCCCCCUCAAAUCCUCCCUCAGAUACUCCUCCCCCAACUUCCCAACCUCCUCCGCCUUGACCCCCACAUACCCACCCACAGGCUCAAACCGAUACCUCACAAACCUCUCCCUCCCCUCACCAUUCACAAACUUAACCGCAUUGACGCUCCAAUACCGCUCUGUCGCGAAACUCAGCGGAAACAGUUUCUCAGCGCCCACGAAGCGCUUCGCAGCGCCGUGGGUAUCGAGGUAUGUCGCCAGCCGCGCCGCGUCGCCACUCGCCGCCGCUUGCAGGAACGCGAGGAACUCUUCGCCCGUGCGCGACGGGAACAGCGGCGUGCUGUGCGCUAUUAUGUCGGUGUGCUGCCUUUUUCCUUCAGAGGACGAUGGCAGGUGGAACCGCACUGCUAUGCCCCGCGGAUUCGCGGACGCUGAGGU